CAGUCCAAAUAUUCUCUUAUUAAAUAUUUCGGGGGCCAGUACUUGAAGAAAGACGUGAUUUUCUCAAAUCUGUGAACAGGACACUUUUUUAAAAUGUCAAAAUAAACCAUCUGCUUGUACAACUGUUUCUAAUUACUUCGCUGCCUAGACUCUCCACUGGAGGAGUUUGGCACCCGCACCCCGCCCAGAGCAGAUCCACUGCCCAAGUCUUCGCAGGCAAUUGAGCUUCCAGGAGGAGCUCAGAACCUGUGAGCUCCGGUAUCCCAAGUCCUUCUGCCUGGACAUCUGCUGGUGACACUUCUUCCUCUUGCCGCCUGGGGUGGAAGCCCCACCUAGCAGCAGUGCAGCUGGUCUGCCCUCCCGCCUGCAGAGCUCAGCAUGCAUCCCCCAGGCUUCAGGAACUUCUUGUUGCUGGCAUCCUCCCUUCUCUUCAUUGGGCUGUCAGCUGCUCCUCAAAGCUUCUCACCAUCUCUGAGAAGCCUGUCAGGCGCCCCCUGCAGGCUGUCCCGGGCAGAGUCCGAGCGCAGAUGUCGUGCACCUGGGCAGGCCCCAGGGAGCGCUCUGUGCCAUGGCCGUGGCUGGUGCGAGUGUGGGGUCUGCAUCUGUCACGUGACCGAACCUGGCACCUACUUCGGUCCACUGUGUGAGUGCCAUGAGUGGGUGUGCGAGACCUACGACGGGAAAGCCUGUGCAGGCCAUGGUACUUGUGACUGCGGCAAAUGCAAGUGUGAUGUGGGAUGGUCUGGGGAAGCUUGCCAGUACCCAACCAAGUGUGAACUUUCCAAAAAAAUCAGCAACCAGAUGUGCAGGAACUCUCAAGAUGUCAUCUGCUCCAAUGCAGGAACAUGUCACUGUGGCAGGUGUAAGUGUGAUAAUUCAGAUGGACAUGGACUCAUUUAUGGUAAAUUUUGUGAGUGUGAUGAUAGAGAAUGCAUAGAUGAUGAAACAGAAGAAGUAUGUGGAGGCCAUGGGAAGUGUUACUGUGGAAACUGUUACUGCGAGGCUGGUUGGCAUGGAGAUAAAUGCGAGUUCCAGUGUGACAUCACCCCCUGGGAAAGCAAGCGAAGAUGCACAUCUCCAGAUGGCAAAGUCUGUAGCAACAGAGGAACAUGUGUAUGUGGUGAAUGUUCUUGCCAUGAUGUUGAUCCGACUGGGGACUGGGGAGACAUUCAUGGGGACACGUGCGAGUGUGAUGAAAGGGACUGCAGAGCUGUUUAUGAUCGAUACUCUGAUGAUUUCUGUUCAGGUCACGGGCAGUGUAACUGUGGAAGAUGUGACUGCAGAGCAGGCUGGUAUGGGAAGAAAUGUGAGCACCCAAGGAACUGCCCAUUGUCAGCUGAGGAGAGUGCCAAGAAGUGCCAGGGUCGUUCUAAUCUUCCUUGCUCUGGAAGGGGCAGAUGCGAAUGUGGCAGAUGCACUUGUUAUCCUCCCGGGGACAGCAGAGUCUAUGGCAAGACCUGUGAGUGCGAUGACCGGCACUGCGAAGACCUGGAUGGUGUGGUCUGCGGAGGACAUGGCAUGUGCUCCUGUGGUCAUUGUGUUUGUGAGAAAGGAUGGUUUGGUAAGCUCUGCCAACACCUGCGGAAGUGUAAUAUGACAGAAGAACAAAGCAGGAGUCUGUGUGAGUCAGCAGAUGGCACAUUGUGCUCAGGGAAGGGUUCUUGUCAUUGUGGAAAGUGCAUUUGUUCUGGAGAAGAGUGGUAUAUUUCAGGGGAGUUUUGUGACUGUGAUGACAGAGACUGUGACAAACACGAUGGUCUUAUUUGCACAGGGAAUGGAAUCUGUAGCUGUGGAAACUGUGAAUGCUGGGAUGGAUGGAAUGGAAAUGCAUGUGAAAUCUGGCUUGGUACCGAAUAUCCUUAAUGAUCCCUUAGGAGACAACUGGAUUUUUAUUUCUAGGCCAUUUUAGAAAUUCAGAGGAAAGCAUGUUACACAGCACUAGGACAGACUUUUGUGUGUUUUUCUACUUCUGACUGCCCAAGUGAAGCAUGGGUCUUCAAUACAAAUGACUUUAGCAAACUAAUGUAAGUUAUACCAUAAAGAAUUGUUCUCCCAUAAUUAACAUCAGUGUUUCACAACUGAAGAGGACAAUUUUGCAACCCCCAAGACAUUUGGCAAUGUUUACAGAGAAUUUGGUUAUCAGACUUGGUAGGCAGGAGUAUUUGUGUUAUGGGAAUAUUAGAGGUAGUAGCCACAGACAAUGCUGAACACCUUAUAGAACAUAGAAAGGCCCUUACAACAAAGUGUUUUCUGACAUCCAAUGUUUACCAUGAUGUAGUAGAAAAAUGCUAAAUCACAUUGUGUUUAGUACUCCGCAUCCCAACACCAGAAACACUGUAUCAGAAUAUAAGGAUAAUAUUUAUUCUCACACAAACCAACCAGUCAGAUUUUUCCAGGAUUCCAUAUGACUUUGAAUUUGUAUAUGGGAUGAUAAUGACAGACACAUACAAGGUGUGAUGAUGGGCUGGGUGCUUCCCAGAUCACAAGGGCUUUAAACUCACAAAAAUCUCUUACAGGAAGAAAUGAAAAAUGCACAAUUUGACAUUUUAAUAAAUAAUGACAUAAGUUGUUUAUAUUCUGUGUCAAUAUCUAUUUACUCACAGAAAACAAACACGACAGAAAAGAAUAAAUUGUAAUAACCACUUUAGAUCCCAAGAACUAGCAGAUUUUGUUUUUAAGACUAAGCAGGGGUUACAUGUACAAGAAAUCAGAUUUUUCAUAUUUAAAUUACUUCAUUAAUUUACCCUCUGAAGAAGACAGUGUCUAGUUAGAAACAUGAGGAUCUUCAUACUGCAUUCAUUUCCCUUAAAUGGCUCUCUUCUUUUCAAAGAAAUGGUGGGGUCAACAAGGAUGACAUCAAUUUUACAAGUUCAGAAGUGGACCCCAAAAUUCUAGAAAUGGUUUAAAUCAAAAUUACAAAUAUUCACUCAAUAAUACGAACAAAAUGUUUAUUUUCUUGGUGAAAUUUUGCUCUGUAUGAAAUUCACAUUGAAUUAUGAAAAUGUACAAUAUUUGGGGUUCUCUUGCAUAUAUACAGUUAGAUCUACUUAUACACAUAGUUGAUUUAACCAUUAUUUAGAGCUAAAAAAAUACCUUUUCCCUAAAUGUGAAUUAUUUGUAAAAUCCAAAAUAACAUAGCAAAAUCAUUUCUGUUUUGUUUUAAGAUGAAAUUUUUACUUGCAAAUUUUAUAUUAAUAAUGUAAAUAUUUUAGAAUCAUGGCUUGGACUUUAUCAGUCAAGUCUCCAAAUGUAAAGAAAACACACCUCCACUGUGUUACUUAAAAACUAAAUACUGAGAAGUAUUUGAAGGAUCAGUUUUACUGGUGCUGGUUUUAUAAUAACAAGGUUCUCAGAAUUAACAUAUUUAUAAAAUUGUUGCCUUUAUCCUGAGAUUAGGGGACCCAGCCAUACUGGUUGUAUAUCUAUUACUUACUGAACUGGUAAUCAAUGUCACUUUUGUAACAUGAGGGAAAUACAAGGAGUUAAGGUAUAGUAUGGAUGAGUGCAUUCUGUUUUUCUCUAUAUUUUCUAUCUCUCUAAAUACAUUUUAAACCCGAAAAAAAAAAAAAACCAAUUAUAACAAUUCAAUCCCAGUUGUGAUGAUGUGUUUGGUGACUUCCAAGCAUUAAGAGUCACUGACCUUCCCAUCAUGGUACAAUGGCCUUCAGCUUUUCUUAUUAUAGGACUCAGCCUUCUUUAUAGAAGAUCUGGACAAUGCCUAUUAGAGAAACCACUGAGGGAUCAUCCUUUUUCACUGUCUAAUAUUUUAAAAUUGUAACAAAUAAAAUCUAUCUUGAAUUCUCAGGCCAUACAUAAACAGACUGUGGGUUGGCUUUAAUUAUAGCUAUGUAUGGUAGUUUACCAGCCUUUGUUUCCCUGGAAUUACUUUCAGUUACUUAUGGCCCUUUUCAUUAAGCACAUCUUUCUUAUUAUUAUAAUUUCCUCUCUAGUUUUUAUCAUUUCUAUAAAUAGCAUCUAUUGUAAAAGUAUAUGUUACUUUUCUUAUGUCUUAUAAGAAAAAGUGUUGAAAUAUCCUGACCAUUUAAGUGUUCUCAGAAUAGAGUUUAGACAUUGGAGAAGUGAUAUUUCCAUGAAGAUCAAAGUGUGCUAUGUCCUGAAUUUGGGACAACAUGAAAAUAAGUUGUAGGUCACCAUGAUAUGGGGUACAUUGUUACAGACUAUAGAAUAAAGCUAUAGUAUUUGCCUCAUAGUAA